AUGGCGGCCCACGAGUCCAAGGCCCAGCAUCUCGGCGCGCAGACGGUGUUGCCUCGCAGCAGCCGUGAGGAAGCCAUGAUCAACGCCCAGUCCAGCGACGCCUCUCGCGACGAGAAGCCGCAGAGAGACAGCCUGGCCCAAGGAAGCGUCGUCCUGGACCCCGCCGCCGAACGCAGGCUGCGCCUCAAAAUCGACCUCUUCAUCGUCCCGACAGUCUCGCUGCUGUACCUGUUCUGCUUCAUCGACCGCGCCAACCUAGGAAAUGCCAAAAUCGCCGGGCUGGACAGGGACCUCGGCAUGCGCGGCUACGACUACAACCGCCUCAUCAGCGUCUUCUACGUGUCGUACAUCCUCUUCGAGAUCCCCGGCACGCUGUGCUGCAAGUGGCUCGGCCCGGGCUGGUUCCUGCCGCUGAGCGUGGUCCUCUUCGGCGUCGCGUCCGUGUGCAACGCCUUUGUCACGACGGUGCCCCAGGCCAUGGGCGUGCGCUUCCUCCUCGGCGUCUUCGAGGCCGGCAUGAUGCCCGGCAUCGCCUACUACCUCUCGCGCUGGUACCGCCGCGCCGAGCUGGCCUUUCGCCUGUCGCUGUACAUCGUCAUGGCGCCCCUAGCCGGCGCCUUUGGGGGCCUGCUGGCCUCGGCCAUCCUGACCCUCGACCACGUCGGAGGCCUGCGCGCCUGGCGCAUGAUCUUUGCCGUCGAGGGUGUUGUUACCGUCGGCCUCGGCCUGCUCGCCCUCGCCACGCUGACGGGCAGCCCGCUGUCGGCGCGGUGGCUGUCGCGGGAGGAGAAGGCGCUGGCCGUCGCGCGCGUCGAGUCGGAGCGCAUGGGCGCCGCCAUGCUCGACGCCAUCGACGGCGUCAAGCUGCGCCGCGGCGUGGCCUGCCCCGUGACGCUCGCCACGGCCCUCGUCUUCCUCCUGAACAACGUCACCGUGCAGAGCCUCGCCUUCUUUGCGCCCACCAUUGUGCAGACCAUCUACGGCGGCGCGACCGUCGUGCGGCAGCAGCUGUACACGGUGCCUCCCUACGUUGUCGGCGGCUUCUUCACCGUCCUGCUCCCCCUGAUGAGCUGGCGCGUCGAUCGGCGUCUCGUCUUUUGUGUGCUGUCGGCGCCUCUCGUCAUGGUCGGCUACUGCGUCUUCCUGGGCACGAGCGACGCGACGGCGCGGUACGCCGCCACGUUUCUCAUCGCCUCGUCGGCCUUUGCCUUUGGCCCCCUGACGAAUGCCCAUGUUUCGGCCAACAUCGUCAGCGAUACCGCCCGGAGUGCGGCGAUUGGGCUCAACGUCAUGUGCGGCAAUGUGGGCGGCUUGAUUGCCGCAUGGGCCUUUCUCCCCUGGGAUGCGCCGGAUUAUCAUGUUGGCAACGGGCUCAACCUGGCGACGGCGAGCAUGACGCUCGUUGCCAGUGCGCUGAUGUGGGCGUGGAUGAAGAGGGAUAACCGCAAGCGAGAAGGGCGCAACGUCGAGGCCGAGUUGAGCGCGUUGACGUCCAAGCAAGUCGAGGAUCUGGACUGGAAGCAUCCCGCAUUCAGGUGGAAGACUUGA